AUGGAUUAUCCAUCAGAAGAUAUUAUUCGUAUUUUGAUCACUACAGAUAAUCAUGUUGGUUACAAUGAGAAUGAUCCAAUUACUGGGGAUGAUUCUUGGAAGACGUUCCAUGAAAUUAUGAUGAUUGCUAAGAAUAAUAAUGUUGAUAUGGUUUUACAGGCUGGAGAUUUAUUCCACGUAAAUAAGCCAUCUAAAAAAUCGAUGUACCAGGUAAUGAAAUCUUUACGGUUGGCUUGUAUGGGUGAUAAGCCUUGUGAGUUGGAACUGUUGAGUGAUCCCUCUUUAGUUUUUUAUUAUAAUGAGUUUACCAAUGUCAACUACGAGGAUCCGAAUUAUAAUGUUGCGAUUCCUGUAUUUUGUAUUGCUGGUAAUCAUGAUGAUGCCACUGGUGAUUCCUUAUUAUGUCCAAUGGAUCUAUUACAAGUCAGUGGUUUAGUAAACAAUUUUGGUAAAGUUUUGGAGACUGACAAGAUAAAAAUCACACCUUUGCUUUUCCAGAAGGGUAAGACAAAGUUGGCUUUAUAUGGUUUAGCAUCUGUCAGAGACGAACGUCUAUUUAGAACUUUUAAAGAAGGUAACGUCACUUUUGAAGUGCCUACAAUGCUUCAAGAUGAAUGGGUUAAUAUUAUGUGUGUGCACCAGAAUCAUACUGGUCAUACCAAUACCGCUUUUUUACCAGAACAAUUUUUACCUGACUUUUUAGAUUUGGUAAUUUGGGGCCAUGAACACGAAUGUAUACCUCAUUUAGUUCAUAAUCCAACUAAGAAUUUCGAUGUGUUACAGCCUGGGUCUUCCGUAGCUACAUCUUUAUGCGAUGCUGAGGCAAAAACGAAAUAUGUGUUUAUAUUAGAGAUAGAACAAGGGCGCUCUCCAGUUUUGAAGCCAAUACCUUUAACAACAUCAAGGACAUUUAUCAUGAGAACAAUUGCCUUACAAGAUGUUAGUUAUCUAAGGCCACAUGACAAAGAAUCAAUCACUAAAUAUCUAGUAAAUCAAGUAGAAGAAAUGAUCGAAGAGGCCAACGAAGAGACUAAAAAGAAACUUGGUGAUCUAUAUAACGAAUCUGAUGGUGGGAUAAUAUCUGAACUUCCUUUACCAUUGAUUAGAUUAAGGGUCGACUAUACAGGACCAGAAGAUAAACAAUCUAUUAUAGACUAUCAAGUCGAGAAUCCUCGGCGGUUUAGCAACAGAUUUGUUGGAUCUGUUGCAAAUAGCAACAAUGUAAUUCAAUUUUUUAAGAGGAAGAAGAGUGCUAAAAAGUCAAAUGUUGACAGCCAGCGUUUGAACACAGAGUUUGAUAGAAUCAUAGAAGAUAAAGAUGGAGAACUAGAAGUCCAAACAUUAGUUAAUGACCUUUUGAGUAAAAUGUCAUUGUCACUGCUUCCAGAAGUUGGUUUGAAUGAAGCAGUAAAGCAAUUUGUUGAUAAAGAUGAAAAAUCUGCGUUGAAGGAGUUCAUUGAUAAAGAAAUUGUAAAUGAAGUCGACAUUUUGAUUAACAAUAAAGAAUUUCUUGAUGGGAAUAAUCCUGAUGAAUUAAAAAAAUUAAUAAAGCAAGUGAAGAGGGCUAAUUCUUCAAGACCAGAUUCUUCUAAUAUCGAAAAAAAUACCAACGUACAAGAUGUUUUCGAUGCCGAGUUUUCUACUUCACGUACUAAUAUUUCACAUACUUCCUCAAAGGACGAUGAUAUUAUCAUGUCUGACAUAGAGGAACCGCCUGCAGCAAAGCUUCCUAGCAAGAAAAGUAAAACACCUGCUAAAGGAAGAACCAGAACCACUAAAAGAACACCUCCAAUAUCUGAUUCUAUUGUGAUAUCUGACAGCGGUGAGGAAGAUAUAUAUAGGGAUAAUGACAAUUUUGGUAACAACAAUAACGAUGUGUCAGAAGAUGAGGACGAUUUAAUCACAUUGACUAGUGAUGAAGAAGAAGCAACACCAAGAAUUAUCGAGACGAUAAAGAAGAAGAACUCAAGAAAAAAGGCAACUCCCUCAUCGACUAAAAGAUCAGCUCUAGCUGGGAAGAAAGAAACUAAAACUCCUAAAACUGAUAUUCUACAAAGUUUACUAAAUAAAAAGAGAAGAUAA